GAGAGCAAACCAAAAUGCUAGUUCUGUGCAGCUUAUCAACUACGGCAGCGCUAAUUUUGCCAGCGAUAAUAAUCUUCUUCUUCUUCAUCACGAAAUCCAGAAAGAGCGAAAUUCCAAUCAAACUUCCACCUGGCCCCAAAAAACUCCCUAUCAUCGGAAACCUCCACCUCAUAAGCUCCCCUCCCUUCCGCUGCUUCACAGAUCUAUCCCAACGCUACGGCCCUAUAAUGCACCUCAAGCUCGGCGAGGCCGACGCCGUCGUCGUCUCUUCGCCGGAGAUCGCGAAGCAAAUCCUCAAGGAUCAGGACCCCUGCGUCGCCAACAGACCGCAGGGCGUGGCCUUGGAGAUCAUGUGGUACAACUACAUCGACAUCGCCUUCAGCCCCUACGGCGACUACUGGCGCCAGAUGCGGAAGAUCUGCAUCAACGAGCUCCUCAGUCCUAGGAUGGUGCGAUCGUUCCAGUCGAUUAGAUCCGACGAGGCCGCGCGUGUGGUCGAUUCGCUGCGUGGAUCUUCCGGAAGCGUCGUGAAUUUGACCGAAAAGAUCUUCUCCUUCACGAGCUCCAUCACUUGCCGCGCUGCGUUCGGCGGCCUGUGCAAGGAUAAAGGAACUCUGAUUAAGGUGAUGACGGAGACGUUGAAGAUGGCUGGAGGGUUUGAGAUUGCGGAUUUUUUCCCCAAUUCGAGGAUCGUGAGCGCGCUGAGCUGGACGAAGAUGAGGCUGAAGAUGAUGCGGCGCAAGCUGGAUUUCAUUUUAGAUGACCUUAUUGAUGAGCAUAAGUCGAAUCUAGCGAAGAUGGCUGGAGAUAUUAGUUCCGGCCGGCGAUUGGGGAAUGGUGAGUAUGGAGGUGAAGAUUUAAUUGAUGUUCUGCUGAGGAUGAAGGAAGGAGAGGAGCUCAAGUUUCCUAUUGGCAAUGACAAUAUCAAAGCAGUGUUGUAUGAUAUUUUCUCGGCUGGAACUGAAACCUCAUCAGCUGCUAUUGAUUGGACGAUGGUAGAGCUAAUGAGAAACCCAAAAGUGAUGGCCAAGGCACAAGCUGAAGUAAGACGGGUGUUGAAAGAAGGCAUCGCUACUAAUAAUAUAGAACAAUAUGAUGAGUUGAGAUAUGUAAAACUAGUGAUAAAAGAGAGUUUGAGGCUACACCCUCCGGUUCCAUUGUUGCCUAGAGCUUCGAGGGAGACGUGCCAAGUUAAUGGAUACACGAUACCUAAUAAAAUAAGGGUGAUGGUGAAUGUAUGGGCGAUGCAUAGGGAUCCCAGGUUCUGGAAAAAUCCGGAAGAGUUCGAGCCUGAGAGAUUCGAGAAUGUGGAUGUGGAUUUCGUUGGUGGUGAUUUCCAUUACUUGCCUUUUGGUGUAGGAAGAAGAAUGUGCCCCGGAAUCAUGUUUGGUUUGGCUACUUUGGAGCAGGCUAUAGCUCAGCUUCUCUACCACUUUGACUGGAAAUUACCACAAGGUGUUAAGGCUCCAGAUUUGGAUAUGAUUGAAAAAGAUGGGCUCACAAGUGUAAGAAAAGACAAUUUGUUUGUAAUUGCCACUCCAUAUCACCCAUCACUUUGAUACUAUCUUCUUAGGUUUAUAUGUUAUUUUUCUAAUCAUAAUAUAAGUACUUUUCCGAUAUAAA